UCGACACACUACUAUUUCUAGGCGCUAUAAUUUUGCUUAUCGCCAAAUAUGGCGAUAAACAAUAUAAUCUAGCAACCGUUUUUAAAGAUUUUGCUGUAUAUAACGGACGGUUAUUAGUUAUUGUUUUGUGUUUUCGGCAUGAUUUUCGGUACUUUCGUCUGCUUUUAAAGUUGAUAAAUCUGAUAAAAGUGAAUAAAAAAAAAAGCCCUUUAGUUUUGACUACAGGACUUGUGAGUAGUAGAACUCAUAUCGCAUUUUUACUGAACAAUGAAGUAAAUUAAAAUAAUGCCUGCAACAAUGGUUUUUUGUCUCAGCAAAUCUUUACAGAAAUUCGUCAACUUUUCCUCUUUUUCAAACAAAUUUUUUUCCAGAUAUUAUUCAGCUCAGAAAAAAAGAUUUUAUAAAAACGUGUAUGUUACUGACUCUGAUGGUAAAUUUGAAAUCAGUCUGGACAAACGAAAAUUGAAAACUCCUCUUGGAAAUUUGCUACAAGUUCCAAACGAAGCUUUAGCCGUAGCUGUAGCUACUGAAUGGGAUUUGCAACCUCAUAUUUUAGAGCUGCAGAACAUGCACAUGACAUCUUUGUGUAAUACAGCUUUGGAUAAUCCUUGUAACCAAAACAAAGAAACAUUAGCAGACUCCAUCCUACAAUUUUUAGCUGCAGAUACUUUAUGUUAUAGAUCUAACGAACCACCAGAAUUAUCCUCUUUGCAAACAAAUGAAUGGAAUCCAAUUUUGGAAUGGUUUGAAGAAAGGUAUAAAGUAAACCUCUGCAUUUGUCAAGAUGUCAGUGCUAUUCCAGCAUCUGAUGAAACCAUCAAACACAUAAAAAAACAGCUGAUUUCCUUCAAUGAUUGGUGCUUAUUAGGUAUCAACUAUGCUGCAGAAAAUUUGAAGUCCCUUAUUUUAACAUUUGCUCUCAUUAACAAUAAAAUUGAUGUACAGAAAGCAGUGGCUUUAUCAAGAUUGGAAACUCUUUUUCAGGUGCAGCAAUGGGGUAAUAUAGAAUGGUGUCAUGAUGUUGACAAUGCUCAAACAUGUGCCAGAGUUGCUGCUGCUGCUGUAUUCAUAUAUUUAAAUGAAGGCUCCUCAAAUUACGUGGAUAAGCAUAAGGUGAAAGGGAUGCAGCGAGCACAGUCAUUUAAUUAGGGUAUUAUUUUGAUUUCAAAAACAUUUCACAUAAGAUUUUUAAUUUGAUGUACAAUAGAAUUAACGUGCAUAAGUGCAUUUGGAAUAAAUUGUUUAAAA